UAUGCACCGUCACUCCGUCAGUCAUUCCGAAGUGACCACGAGGCCAAGACCGAACAGAGUCGGAGGUGGGAGUAUAAUUAAAACAAUCGAGUUCCAACGACUUAUUUUUCUUUUCUUGUCUUUUUUUUUCUUUUUUUUUUUUUUAACAUGGUGAAAUUACGGGCGAGCGUUGCGUUGCUGGUUGCCUUCUGGAGUUUUGCGGCUGCGACCCAAGCAAUGAAUAUUACCAGCGUGUCUAUGUACUGGGAUGACCACAUCAUUGUUUGCACCAAUGUGUCCUCUGAGCAAAAUGAAACUUUCAUGGACAACACCUACACUCUCAUCACCAUACUGCAAGACCUGAUAAAUACUACUUUGGAAAAUACAACAUCUGCCUCACUGGACACAACAGGGAAUGAAACGUGUAUCAUCAGUCAACAAAAAUAUCAGUUGAAUGGCUUCCGAACAUUGUUCAUUACAGUGCUAUACCAAACUUCAGAGGGAAUUAUACUAGCAGAGGGAAAGAAACAAUGGAGCUAUAUCUUCCCUCUACAACAACCAACGAUUCGAGUAAUUGCUACGACAUCAUUCAUUUUCACAAUGUGGAACAUCGUUGACAACUAUGACUUAGCAUAUAGCUACAACCUCACUCUCCGUGCAACUACACAGUCUAAGACUAUUACGCUUCAAAGUCGAAAUAAAGAUCAUAGCACAUACACAUUCCAAAACCCAGCAUUUGGAAAGCACAGUGUUUGUGUUCUGGCCUUUAUUUAUGACAAUCCAAACUACACCAGCAACACAUAUUGCAGUGACAUAGUUGAUAUCCAGAAUUAUGGAGUUAUGGCUAUUCCGUCACCGGUCAAGGAUCUGAAGGCGAUGGCCACAUCUAAAUCAUCUAUCUUUAUCAAAUGGCGUCACCCAGAUGAAGACACUGAGAACAGUGACCUAACAUAUGUAGUCGCCUGGAGUAUGAAUGCUUUUUUUUUAAAAGAAGGUGAAUUAGACGUACAAAACCCAUUUAGUCUGAGAGGUUUCUACUGUGACAGCAAGUUUUUAGACAAUUCAGUCUCAAGCACUGAAAUCAAAGAACUGUGGAUAGGAGGAAACUACACAGUCUGUGUGACAGCAAUAACCAACAAUGUUGCCCGUGGUAGCAGCUGUGACACUAUUAUUUUAGAUGACUUCCACUUCGUCAGUCCACCUAAAGACCUUCGAUACAACCCAGGAUCCACAUAUAAAUACCAGCAUCAAAAUGGAGACACACCUUCAAUCAGCUGGAAAAAUCUUGAAGAAAAUGUUAGUUUCUGGGUAAAAUGGCAUGGAGAAAUCAGUGGAGAUACCAAUCAUGCAGAAACAGUAGAGAGUAAAAAGGAUAUUUCACUACCGCCAGGCCUCUGGAAUAUUUCUGUUCGUACAAUGCAAGGUCACAGUGCUAGUGAAGAAACGUACACAACAGCCUCUGUGAAAGGGCUGAUCAUAUACUCCCAGCAAACCAGCAGCAAUUCUCUAGCAGUUUCCUGGGAUGAAUGGCCUCCUCCACUGUGGCCAGUGCACUACAAUGCAACACUAAACCACAAAGAGGGUGUUUUGCAGCAGUCACCACCUAUCUACUGCUCUGGAAACCACACAGACUGCCAGUAUCAAUUUAGCAAUCUCAGUAUUGGUGUGCCAGUAAUGCUGGAGGUUUUUGUUCAGAAUGAAGAUGAGAUAUAUGUUCAAACAUCCAAUACCAUAAUUGAGGCAAUUGGAGAUGUACACCAACUUAUGCAAGAUUAUUCUAAUGAAGAUGAAGUUGCAGUAAAGUGGGCAGAAGCAGAAAAUGUCAAUAUCUAUUUACUAAGUGUAUACCCCGACAAAAACCUAACAGUGCUUAGGUUUCGCACUAUUGUUACACUCCCUACAAGGUUGCCUCUGCCCCUGAAAUCGCUGGAUGAUAACGUUGUGCAGCUGCAGCCUUGCAAAAGUGUAGAUAGAUGUGGAGGCAUAACCAGUGUGACUCUAAAUAUGGAACCAAGCCCAUCCCAUAAGUCUAAGUUUUCAGCAGUGGGGGUAACAGCUUCACUUCUGAUCCUGGCUUUUGCCAUUAUCAUUGGUAUUACGGUAAAGAAAGUAAAGCAGCAACACUAUCAACAAUUUGAGGAGUUAGAAGCUGAACCUCUCAUACUGGUGAAUGAUGCCUGGAGGGAUUACCCACGGUAUGUGCCAGAACGUGAGGCAGGACCUUCCAAUGCUCAUCACUACAAAAACGGAAAAGACAUAAAAAAGGGUAAAGGAAAGAACAAGAGCACUAAGGCUACAAGAGAAGUUCUCAUCCAUGAAGAUCCAUGAAAAUACAAGCUAGCUUAAAACAACACUCUUGUUUUUGCCAUGAGUAUGGCAUACUCGUGGCGCACUUUAAGUAGUAUUCCUACAAGGGUGUUUCUACAAAAUGAUGGUAUAAAAUAACUGGAAAUUUGUGUAUUGUUCUAUUUGAAAGGCAAACAGGACCUCAUAAUCUUUAUGUCCUUGUCAUAAAUUAUUUCAAAUGAAACUAAAGUAUAAAAAUAGUAAUUAAUGUAGCACACAGAGUUAGAUUUUUAGAGUUAUGAUAAAAAUUCAUUCUAUCUGUUAUUUAUUAUGACUUUAGUAAUAAAUAACUGUUUUGUACAUACUGGUUAUCACAUAGUAAGUUUUUCUUGUCAAAUACAGGUGGUUUAAAACCUCCUGAGCAGAAAAAUACACAGCGCUGCUUCAUUUCUAUGCAUGUGUAUGUACCAGGGCAUCAUCUGAUAUCAACUUCAUCAUCGUUUCUUGUCAUGCUUCCCUUUUGUAGGAUACAUAUGCGUUUUAUCCUUGUACAGUAUCUACCUGAAUACCCACGUAGUCCAGGUCUCCAUCUACACACACCCUCAUCAAUUUUCUGAGUCUCAAACUAGUCUUUCUCUUGGUGCUACUUCCGUGCCUAUCACUCCCUUGGCCAACUGUUCCUCACCUCUUCACAACAUUUAGUUAACCCUUCUCCAUCAUUCUUUUAUUCUCAGUGUGUUAUCCCAAGGCCACAUCUCUCAAUAACUUCCAUUGUAUGAUACGAUCUCCCAAAAACACUAGCCAUGAAUCUCAGUGUAUCUUAUCGCGGCAUUUCUUAAAAAAAAAAAUCUUUUACAUUUUCUUUGUAAACACUUAUGACUCUCUACUUCAUAGAAAAGUAGUACACUUAAAAUCCAAAAUGAGUGAGAAUGCAGGUAGAUAGAGGUGAAUAACAGUCAUUAUAAUGGGUCAACAAGCUAUUGAUGAACCUCCAGGGAAGAUAUAGUGUAAAGCUUUAGAAGUUGUGGAAAUUUUCUACACAGGAGCUCAUUCCCGAUUCACCAACAAGCUGUUUCCCCUGAGAAUGCCACAAAGGAAAAGUAAAUCAAUGGAGUGAUUGUCAGCCAAUCAGUUGUUUAACUUUUCCUUUGUGGCAUUUGCCUUUGUUUAUAGAUUUAUCGCAUUCCACAUUAUUCGUGAAUCAGUUAUAUAUAGAAUGUAUAUAUAUAUACAUGUGUGUAUAUAUGUAUAAAAAUAAAUAGCAUUUAGAAAUGCUGUAACUUAAUAUAGAUGCUGUCAGCAAUUGUCAUUAACACUAGAUACCCUGUAAUAGCUGUAAACUUGGAGCAAAGCAGACUGAAAUAGAGGAAUGUGGAGAAUAAGUAAAAAAAAAAAUGCAGAUAUAUAAUAAAAAAAAAACUUCAGUUAUCAAGAGAGAGGUGGCAUCUUUAGCUUAAAAGAAUGAGUUGGCAUUUAUAGACCUAUCUUUUAGCAUUGAGAUUUGUAAUAGAGAUCUGAUGUUUGUUAGUUUUCUUAAGGUGCACUAUAUGUAUGGGAAAUAUUUGUAUAAUUCAUAACCCUUACUGAUAUUAAAACUUUUUUUACAUAUUCAAAAAUUAAUGUUACUGUUGUAUUCCAUGCUGACCAUUACUUACUCAUUUAUAAAUAUUUAAUAUCUGUGGCAAUAAAGUAUUUAACACAA